CGACGAAAAGGAAAGAAGAAAUCUGAAAGUCAAUUAAAGAGGCGUUCGAUUCCACGUGUACUCUCUUUUCUCUUUCUUUCGUCUUCUCACCGAUGAAUCCAGCUUAGCUACUUCUUCCCAACAUCGACUCUCAAACCCUAAAUUCAAAUCCCAAUUCUUCAAAUUAUCAAUUCUACAAUUCUUCAACUCUUUAAUCUUCUCCUCGUCCACAACCAAUGCUCUGCUCCAAGUCAUCCAAAUGGCUAAACCGCCUUCGUUCAUCCAGAGGAUUUCCAGACUCCGAUCACAUCAACCUUGAACACUUCCUCUCCAAUUCCCUCAACAAAAUUGAUCCCCAAACGUCGACGGAUCCUUCGCUUCCCGAUAAAAGACCCAAACUUGACAAACGGGAUGAUAGUGGAGAUAUCCAAGGUCGUGAAGUCAUGAAUAAUGUACUAUCGGAGCUGUUUCAGAUGGGAGAAUUUCAUGAUUUAUCGAGAAUUAAAAGGAAAAAGAGCUGUAGGAAGCAACAGUGCCCUAGAAUCUGUGUUGUUUCUACAAAUUCGGAUGCUCAGAACGUGCCUGUUGGAAAGGACAGGGUUUCCUCGCCACCGCCGUCACCGUCGCCGUCGCCAUUUCCGUUGGUUUUAAGCAAUCGACGUACAGCAAAGGAAGUCAAUCGAGAGUUGAAGGUGACUGGACAUGUUGAGGAGGAGGAGAAAGGCCAUUGGGAUCUAACAGCGUAUUCGCAAACAGAGGUUACUGUUAUCGAUACGAGUGUUCCAUCUUGGAAAUUCGAGAAGAUGUUGUACAGGAGAAAGAAUGUAUGGAAGGUUGGGGAUAAGAAAGGUAAGGGAUUAAUGACCAGUGACAGAAAGAAGAGAAAGGAGAGUCUGAAUGAGAAAGGUGAUGUAGAGAAGAAGAAAUCGAAGCUGUGUAGUUCAUCAUCCAAGUCGGGAAAUGCAGAACAAGGCGGAGAGAAUAAAAAGAAAAAGAAGAAGAAGAAGAAAAAGAAGUUGAAGAUGUGCAAUUCAUCGAAGUAUGAAGGUAAAGAAGAAUCCAUGGCUCGAUCAAAGUCCCCUCAGGGACACGAAAAAGCCAAGACAAUGGUGGCAAACCAUGAAAAGAAACAGGAUAAUUCUAGCCAUGUGCAAGAAAAGAGUUCCUUUAAGAAACAGAUAGAUGGAGGAAAUAGUACAAGUCUUGAUACGUUUUGA